AUGACAGCCGUGGCGCAACCACCGAAUUUCCAUUCCGGCCCUAGGUCAUGGAAUGGUGGGCAGAAUAAUCUCAACUCUAUGACUGCCGACGAAGUAGCGCGAAUCUUUAUCAAGGGCUCCCAACGCACGUCUGGCGCAUCUUCAGUAUCAUCAUCUGCAUCGUCACCCUCGGCUGCCUCAGACGGAUCGAACGGGGUGUGGGGAAAUUCACUCAACGGAAAGAAAAAGGGAACAGGUCGUGGAGUGAGGGUUGCUUCUAACGGAGGCUGGCCGGCGAAACCUGACAUCAUGAGGGCACCUGGAGGCGCUAACGGCCAUUCCGGCUCAUCCGUGUCUAGCUUGCCAAUAAAUUCGAUGCACCAAGCAAUGCCUAUACUUCCAUCGCAACAUCUGAUGAGUAACGGUACCCAGGUGAAUGGAGGCCAACAGCCGCAAAACAAUUCAUAUUUGAUGCUACAGCCCCUCAACGGGACUUUUGAUCGAAAAUACAUCCCACUACCUUAUUAUCCAGAAACCUUACGAAUCGGCAGGCAAACCAACGCCAAGACUGUUCCUACACAAAGCAACGGCUUUUUUGACUCGAAGGUUCUGUCAAGGCAACAUGCUGAGGUAUGGGCGGAAAAGACGAAUGGUCGGGUGUGGAUACGUGACAUCAAGUCGUCGAACGGGACUUUCGUCAACGGGCAAAGACUUUCGCAGGAAAACCGCGACAGUGAGCCCCACGAGCUCCGGGAAAAUGACGUAUUGGAGCUAGGGAUUGAUAUUGUGGGCGAGGACAACAAAACAAUCAUUCACCAUAAAGUGGCCGCAAAGGUGGAGCAUGCAGGAAUGCAGUCGUCGGGUGCUGGAAGCUUUGAGAAUAACAGUCUCCGAGGUCGAUCGGGUUCCCAAGGCUCGCGGAGCUCAGCAAUGAGCGUUAGCGGAGGCAUGAACCACCGACAGGUUCCAAUGAUGAUUGCACCAGUCACUAUGGAAAUGGUCGUCAAAAAGCUGAAUUACGAGAUUCAAGUAGCGAAACAGCAAUCGCAAAGCCUUCAGCGAACCACAGAAAUUUAUGAUGCUCUCCUAACAGCUCCAAAAUCUGCCGAAGAGUCUCAAAAUCAGGUCGACUCUGGGGUUGGAACUGAGGAGUUGCCGAUGGCAUAUAAUUCUACGUCUGCCCUACCGCCCCCUCCACAACUAACUAAUUGGGAGUUACCACGGACAUCUUCAGCUCCAAGUAUUGGUUUCUUACCACCGCUCAAACUGAAGUCCGAGAAGACACUAAAAACAGAGACAAACUCCCCUCCACAGCUUCUCACCCUUGUAGAUGCUUUGGAUAAAGCCCGUAAAGAACUCGAACUGAAGACAGCACUCGUCAAAGAUCUAGAGGAUGCGUUGAGAAGAGAAAAAAGUGCGCGUGAGGACGCGGAGGAUCGUGCUUCACAGCUCGAAACAAGAGCACUGUCUGGGAUUGCCCGUGACAGGGUACUUGGAGAGUUUGAGGCGGAGAAAGUUUUGGCAGAUGAAAAGGGUGAUAUAGAUGAUACAGAGACUCUCUGUGGCGAUGAUGAUAAAUCCCUCGACGGACAGCCGGAUAUGCCAAUGAACGUCAUUCAAUCAAAUGGCGGCGCUUUGGAGGUCAAGGUCGAUCCAUCUGCUCUGGCAGCAGCUGAAGCGGCGAACAGACUCCAGAGGCGCGUCGAGGAGAUGAUGCUAGAACUUCAGUCUGCAAAGGCAGAAAUCGAGUCGUAUAAACGUCGGACGGAAUCUGCAGAGGAGGAGACCCGAACAACACGAAAGACUCUCGCUGAAAUGGUGGAGAGCAUUAAAAAAGAGGAAGAAGCCCGAAAGUCACGCAAGAGACAGUCUGGAAGCCAGACAGACCCAACAGCUAUGCGAAAUUCUGGUAUCCAAGCAAAUACCGACGGUGUCAGUGAAGAUGCCAUGGAUUCCGUAUCAAACGGGACAGUAAAACAGAAAGACAUUGGGAAGCUUCCAAAUGGCACUAGAAUGUCUUCUGAAGAUUUGGCAAGAACAUCAUUAGUUCUUUCGAAACGAAAUGCAGCGCCCUAUGUCAGUAUCUUCGGAGUCAUGUUACUUGGCGUAGGGUUGAUGGCUGUCAUGAACUCCUGGCAAAAGGGAGAGCGUUAG